UCUCUGCGAUCAAGCUGGGGCUUAAGCUAUCCAGGCUGCUCUCCCUAUGGGCGUCGGUACUAGGUUGCUGCAACAAGAACGUGUGUGAUGCCUAUUUAAUAGGCAGGAAUGUAUAGCAGGAAUGUAUGGAACACCAGAGUGGGCAGGUGAUGGUGGUGUUUCCUAUUUAGCCUGUGGCUCUUACCCGCUAUCGGAAUUUAACAAGAAAUGGGCGUAUUAUUCCACUUUAUGAAGAACAAUUUCAGAAUCUCUAGGUACUUAGCGCUGUAGAACGUGAAACAGAUCGCAUGAAUAAGCAAUAAAAUAAAUAAAUAAAUAAAUAAAUAAAUUUUAGCAAGAAAUUUGAUUGAAUCCCAUGGGAAAUUCUUGGACAACGGAGCAGACACCCCUGUGGCUGAAUCCCAAAGUGGAGGCCCCCUAACGAGUUAACAGGUUCUGUUAAGUUCAGGCCAAGUCUUCGAAGUGGUUCUAGUAUUCCUCCUCUUGACAGAAGGAAGUGAAGUGUUUCUUCCUUAUUACAAAAAAUAAAAAAAGCUGCGAGAGGAGGGCGCCAUUACUCAUCUGUGUAAGUAGAAGUUCAGGAUGGGAACGCGACAAUGGUAAUUUAGUGAAUGAUACCACAACCAUCUGUGUGUUGCAGGAUUUGCUUGGUUAGGUAAUGCCAGGUGCUUAUAAGCUGGAUAAGCAGUCAGUCCAGUCCUGUCAGCAGUCAGUCCUGGAGAAGCAGUCAGUCAGAUGUCGCUGCCUUAGGUGUUUUUCAUCAUUGUCAUCAUUAUCACCAUAACCAGGGAGAAGAAGCGGCCCAUCCAGGCUUCCAUGGACCACGCGUCCUCUGGCUCCAGAAGAUCUUUUCUGUCCAGCACGACGUCUGAAAGCGGGUACCAGCCCCGUGAGUCGAUCUCUCGUACGAGCGCAACAUCGGGAUCGGUGACGGGAUCCUCGUACAAUCUCACUGAAUCUUCCACUGCACCGCGCACGUCCAAGUCGUCGGAGGCGUCGGUGGGAAGUACAAGAGCGCUAGCGACCGCCCCGACAGUUCGGCAACGAAGAGGCGAAGCCCAGCGGCCACAUACGCUCCACCUCCGACCCGCGGAUGCCCUUGGCGCCAAGCUCUGGCCGUCCUUAUCUGUCUCUUCGGCUUGGUUUUCUUCGUUCUGGUUGCGAUGGCCUACGUCUUAUUCGCCAUAGUUAAAGACGAAUCCAGUUCCUCGCCCCCGGCCAACUCCACAGCACGCACUGCAAGGUCUGCAGGGACGAUGAAGGUCAAUGCAAGUGCUGCGACUGGGACAUUGCCUGUCAUAACUGUGGCGUCAAACAGCAAGACCGCUACGAACCCGGCAGUAACUACCACCGCCAAGCUGACGCAACGGGGAUCUACGACCAGUAGCACACCCGCUGCUACAACGACCACUCGAAACAUAUCUGCGAGCAGUGCCACCGCCACCGCUGCAGUCCCGCCUGUAGCAUGGAGUACCACCCCAACUACCACCACAACUACAACGAGCACUACGACUACCACUACCACCACAAGUACCACCACUACCGCAACUCCCACCAGCACCGCGACCAAGCGUGCGGCCACAACUAAAGCCGGCACUAUGACAUCCACCCCUACGACCACAACCACCACGACCACCACUACCACAACUACAACCAGCACUACGACAUCCACCACUACGACCACAACCACCACUACUACCACUACCACAACUACCACUACUACCACAGCCACAACCACCACUACUACCACGACCACUACCACCACGACAACUACCACUACUACCACGACCACAACCACAACCACCACGACCACGACCACCACCACUACGACAUCGAAGCCUGCUUCGGCGAGAGUGCCCCAUUCUGCUCGACCCAUGGGCAAGCACAAGCUGUUCUGCACGUUUGGAACGUACGAGCAGGACUACGCCUACGUCCACAUCGAUGGUGCCUGCGCCUACGCCUUCAUCCCGUACUAUGUCCGCAAGAACGGCACUUUUCUCGACGACACCGACCCUGUCAUUCAGAAGUUGCUCGCAAAGGCCACCGCAUCAAACUUCACGUCCUUCGGCAUUCACGUGACAAUACGAGGGACUGCUUUCGCAAAAGGUCACGUGGCCACUACGGUGGGCCAGAACACCCUGCGAAAUUACUGGACCACCAAGAAAAUAUUUCACUACGGCGUUCUCAACCUCGAGGUGAAGCCAUGGGAAUCCGUGACCGUCGACAGCAGGGUCAAGCAAGCCUUCGACUUCCUCAAGGUAGCCAGAGCCCAGCAGGAGAUGCUGCAGACGGCUCACCCGGGGCCGCCUUCGCCUCCUCGCGCCUUCAUAGUCCUCGGUAUCCGGCUCUGGCGUGCCAACAUGGCGCCCUUUCUCGCUGCGAUCGACAAUGAGUUCAAGUCCUUCAUGGUCGACGGCUUGAUCCCGCUGACGCACAUCAACGAGGAGGAGUUCAUCGCCGGUUACAAGGAGUGCUGGAUCAGCGGGGGAGCGCCGUACCAGCUCGCGCCCAGCAGCAACAACUCCAACGUGCUGGGCAUGGUGAAGACCAUGGAAGUCAUCGACAACUUCACCGCGUGGAAAAGCACUCCCUCUCUGGCGGUGUCGGUCUCCAUGUGCACGCGCGUCUACAAGGCCCAGGCGGCCAAAACGAUGGACGCACCCUGCGUGAGAAGCAAGUUCGGGGUCAACACCACUUCCAGCUACUGCAAAUCUUUGGACCCGUAUGAAAAUCCAGCCACUGACGUGACACAAAACGUUGUGGUCGGCACAUCUCGCAAUAUCAGGGCCACAGACAUUCUGAGCACUUUCGAAACCAGAAUCACCAUCAACUCCAAGUUGUGCGACAUCAACAAGAUGUUCGCGAACAUGGACAUCGGCUUGGCCCUGUUUGACCUCGAGUGCGAAGACUGGACUCGGACAUGCCCGGCGCCCACCGCUGGUCUCUACUACAAUUACAGGUUCCUCAACGUCAGCGGUCAGACUCGCUUGCUGGCGGCAUCCGGAGUGGCCAGCGCUUGCCCGUAGCCCGUUAAACGCACUCUCUCCCGGCCGGACGAUUGAGCGUACUCGCACAGAAAAUGUCGACGCGCAAUGACCUGACACAAGAAAAACAACAAGAAA